GCAAUCCAAGAAAACGACAAACUGAAUUUUAUCACAGAACCUAUCUUUGAAGCAGUGGAGUUAGCAGAAUCGCGUGAUACACAAAAAGAAAAUAAGAAACUUCUCCAUGGAAUUCCAGUCAGUGUCAAGGAAAAUUAUUACUUCAAGGGCCAGGAUGCGACAGUCGGAGUUGCUUCGUUGAUAGGACAGCCGGCGCCUGAUGACGCUGUACUCAUCCAGGUACUGAAAGAGCAGGGAGCUAUUCCAUUUGUGAGAACAAACGUCCCGCAGACUAUGUUGAGUUUUGAUUGCUCCAAUCCUAUCUACGGUAAGACACUCAAUCCUCACGACUCCUCCCGUACCCCUGGUGGUUCGUCCGGUGGGGAGGCAGCGAUCCUUGCCUCAGGAGCUUCUAUUCUAGGGCUCGGAUCUGACAUUGCCGGGAGUAUUCGGAUACCUUGUCAUUUCUGUGGUGUCACCGGACUGAAGCCCACAUACGGACGGUUAAGUACCAAAGGAAUGCGAAGUUUAACAAAACCACAAAAUAUUGUUCUUGGAACGGGAGGUCCGAUGGCACGUGACGUGGAUGGUGUAGUGUUGCUGAUGAGGGCCAUCCUGACGCCCCUUCAUUUCAAACUGGACCCGUCUAUUCCUCCUAUUCCAUUCCAGGAGAAGGAGUUCACCGACACCCGUCGUCUCCGUAUCGGAUACUACACAAGCCAUGGAUAUUUAGACCCCGUUCCAUCCUGCAGGCGAGCAGUCCUAAUCACAAAGGAGGCACUGAAAAGGAGAGGACACACGGUUGUAGAGUUCGCGCCACCUAGGAUACCACAAGUCAUAUCAAAGUUGUAUAUGAAACUGAUGAAUGGCGAUGGAGGCCAGACUAUAGCAGAAUAUAUGAAAGAUGACGUAGUUGACCCCAGUAUGAAGAUGAUGAUGUUCAGCAUUAGUCAGCCAAUCCCCGUUCGUCAAUUUCUCGCGAGUUUGGCCGGAUGGCUUUACAACGACAAGAUGCACGCGCAGCUGAUUAGAUCUAUGAUAGGAUGUAGAUCUGUGAAUGAGUGGUGGAAACUGAACUCUCAAGUCGGGCAAUAUCGAGAAGAGUUUUACGAUGCCUGGACACGUCAGAAGCUAGACAUAGUUAUAUGUCCAUCUUUUGGCUUCGUCGCUCCUCCAUAUGGAAACCUAGACAAAACGUUUGGUGGUGGUAUGUACGCUCCUACUUACAACUUUCUUAAUUACCCCGCCGGGUGCCUCCCAGUGACUUCAGUAUCUGCGUCCGAUGUUGAGGAUAUGAAGAACUACCCACAGAACACUUUGUUCGAGAAAACAAUCAAAAAGGUAACUGAAGGGUCCGAAGGUUUACCGGUGGGAGUACAGGUAGUAGGCCAACAGUGGCAGGAAGAGCUCGUACUUAGAGUUAUGAAGGAAAUAGAACAGUCAAAGACAUCAUAAAUACCUCAUACUACAAUACCCUUUACUCUGACAGAGUGAUAGCUGUGUACACAUCCAGUCUCUCAUGCACCGACGUAGGGCUUACUCAGAAUUUCUGGUGGAUGAAGUUAUUUGGACGGAGAUCCUUUUUCCAAAUAAGAAAUAUCUUUUGUGUAAUUUGUAUAGACCUCCGAAUAACACACAAUCCCUAUGGAAUCAUUUAUAACUCUCUAGCUAUCCAAGGAACUCCUCAUAUUGUAAAUUGUUGGUGAUAUAAAUGUUGAUAUCGUAACUGU